CAAAGGCGUCCAUCGUUUGGGAACCCACCGCCCCCCUUGCUAAUUUUAGAACCCUUUUCUCUUUUCUCUCCUCUCCACGGUCUCAUAAUAGGGACAACUGCAGGCCUUGGCUGGGUGGGGCUGGAGAUAGAUCACCACGCCUCCUCUUAAUUUUUAUUUUAUUUCCGGUUGUUUCAUGUGAGGGUGCUCCUCCUGGCUAAAUGGGAGGCAGAUAUCCUCACAUGCUUUUGAUCCUCAUACUCCUUCAUGCGGCCAAUGCUGCUCUAGACGAACCGGUGGACAAAUGGAAGACCCUGGGUGGUACUCCUCCUCUAGUCAUUGCUCGUGGAGGCUUCUCUGGCUUAUUUCCUGAAUCAAGCCCAGCUGCAUAUCAGUUUGCCAUAUCGACUGCCUUGCCUGGUGUGAUUCUGCACUGUGAUCUGCAAUUGUCCAGUGAUGCUAAGGGCUUCUGCAGAUCUGGUGUUAGGCUUGACAAGUCGACACUAAUUGAAGAUAUCUACCCUAACAGGGACAAAACAUACAAGAUUGGUCCAGAAGAUGUCCACGCAUGGUUUUCUGUGGAUUUCACCGAAGCCGAGCUGCUAAAUGUCACAGUGAAACAAACUAUAUAUUCUCGCCCAAGUACAUUCGAUGGCGUCAUGCCAAUGUAUAGGCUUGAAGAUGUGGCUAGCCUCGAACCAGAUGGUAUUUGGGUUAAUGUGGAGUAUAAUAGUUUUUAUAAGGAACAUAAAAUCAGCACCGAAGAUUUCCUAUUAGCACUACCAAAAGAGUUUCCUAUCACCUACAUAUCCUCACCAGAUAUUUCAUUCUUGAAAAGUAUUGGUGGAAAGCUUAAGGGAAACACUAAGUUAAUUUUGCGAUCUCUCUGGGAAAAUGCUACCGAGCCUACCCUCUUAAAAUCAUAUGGAGAUAUUAUGAAAGAUCUGAGCAUCAUCAAGCCUUUUGCAUCAGGAAUUCUGGUACCCAGACAUUUUAUUUGGCCGACGAAUAAAGAUGAGUACUUACUUCCAUCCACCAGUUUGGUCAAAGAUGCACAUGCCCUAGGGCUGGAAGUGUAUGCAGCAGGGUUUGCCAAUGAUAUCUUUACAAGUUAUAACUACAGUUAUGAUCCUGCCGCCGAAUACUUGCAGUUCAUAGACAAUCCAGACUUCAGUGUGGACGGUGUGCUAACUGACUUCACACCCACUGCAUCAGGGGCUAUCGCGUGCUUGGCACAUACCAAGGGAAAUGCUCUUCUUCCUAUAGCAAAGCCUCUUCUUGCUACUGAAAAUGGAGAGAGGCCGCUCAUAAUAACACACAAUGGCGCAAGUGGUGUCUUCUCAGGCUGCACUGACCUUGCCUACCAACAAGCAGUGAGAGAUGGUGCAGACAUAUUAGAUUGCUCAGUUCGGAUGACAAAAGACGGUGUGGCCUUUUGCCUGGGCUCUGCAGAUCUCACUACCAGCACGACGGCAGCAACCACUUUCAUGGCAAAAGUUGUUACUGUCAGUGAAAUACAGAAUAAAUCCGGCAUUUUCUCGUUUGAUCUCUCAUGGAGCGAGAUCCAAACCUUAAAACCCGAACUUAAUGGUCCAUAUGCUCAGGCAGGCCUGAAAAGGAAUCCUGCAGCGAAGAACGCUGGCAAAUUCUGGUCUUUGUCCGAAUUCCUUGACUUUGCCAAAACUAGCAACGUCUCUGGUGUACUGAUCGAGAUAGAGGAUGCUCCAUACCUUGCAACCAGAGGUCUUGGCGUGGUAGAUGCAAUCUCCAGUGCACUGGUCAAUGCCAGCUACGACAAGGAGAGCCAUCAGCAGCGCGUGCUCAUCCAGUCGGACGACUCCUCGGUGCUUUCAGUGUUCAAGAAGUUCCCAAAGUUUGAGCGGGUUUUCGUUAUUGACCCCGUAAUAAGUGAUGCUUCCAAGCCUUCAAUUGACGAGAUCAAAGAGUUCGCACAUACAGUGAUGGUGAGCCGCGGUGCGCUCGUUCGGGCCCAUGGCUUCUUCCUCACAGGGUUCAACGAUAUGUUGGUGGGGAAGAUUCAUGAUGCAAACCUCACCCUGCAUGUCGGUGUGCUUAAGAAUGAGUUCAUGAACAUUGGGUUCGACUACUUUGCUGAUCCUAUGGUCGAAAUCGUUACAUACUAUAUGGGAUUGGUCUGCGAUGGGAUUGUGACCGAGUUCCCUGCCACUGCCGCUGCAUACUUCAGGAGCCCAUGCAGUGAUUUGACCAAGAACAUGAGCUACUCAAUCCUGGCUGCAAAUCCUGGUGGUCUGGAAAAAAUGGUCCCCCUUGGUGCGCUGCCUCCGGCUCUCCCGCCAGCACCUGUGCUGGAACCCGCCGAUGUGAUUGACCCGCCGCUGCCGCCCGUCGCCGUGAGCAGCCCUCCAGAGUCGACACCGGAAGGAGAUGAAGACGCCUCUGCAGCCAGCUCUAACGCCGCCAAUUGCCUUCUGGUGGCCGGCAUUGCCGCCUUCUUGUACUUGAGUUCCCAUUGAUCAUUCUUGUUGACAGGCAUUGCACUACCACAUGUUCUUCUUUACGUUUCCUCCUCUUCACAUCCUGAAUUACCAUGUAACAUAUUACUAUUUAAAAUAGAUAGUUUCUCGCCA